AUUACAGAAAAAGAAAACCAAAAAAGAGAGAGAACAUUACGUCUACGAGAAAAGUUAUUAUAGAAAAUAUAUAAAAAGGGAAAUUCAAAUUCUUAGGCUUUAAUCAUUCUUUUCUGCAGAUCAUCUUUGGGUUUCGAGUUGUGAUUUUCCAUAAUUCAGCUUGAAGGUUGUUCUAAAGGCUAAUUUUUUAAAUACUUGGAUGGGUGCUCCUAAACAGAAGUGGACUCCAGAAGAAGAAGCUGCUCUUAAAGCUGGGGUCCGUAAGCAUGGACCAGGCAAAUGGCGGACGAUCCUAAAGGACCCAGAAUUUAGCGGAGUGUUGUGCUUGCGUUCAAAUGUAGAUCUAAAGGACAAGUGGAGGAACAUGAGUGUAAUGGCAAAUGGCUGGGGUUCUAGAGAGAAAGCAAGGCUGGCUCUCAAAAGAAUGAAUCAAACUCGUAAACAGGAUGAGAAGUCUUUAGCUGUUACCAUUGAGGCUCAAAGUGAUGAGGAAAUUGUUGAAGCAAGGCUAGCUAUUACUUCUAGUGGUUCUCCACAGAUUGGUGGGUCAAAAAGAUCUAUCAUAAGGUUGGAUAAUCUUAUAAUGGAGGCUAUAAGCAACUUGAAGGAGCCAGGUGGUUCCAACAAGACUACUAUAGCUACAUACAUAGAGGAUCAAUACUGGGCACCUCCAAACUUUAAAAGGCUACUUUCAGCUAAACUGAAGUAUUUAACUGCAACUGGGAGACUUAUCAAGGUGAAGCGAAAGUAUAGAAUAGCACCGAUGUCAGCAUUAUCUGAUAGAAGAAGAAUGCCUUCCAUUCCUCUCUUGGAAAGCGGGCAGAUGAUCUCGAAUAGGGUUGAUAUGAACAUGCGCACUACUAAGGCUCAAGUAGAUUUAGAGUUAGCUAUGAUGAGGAGUAUGACACUUCAAGAGGCAGCAGCUGCUGCUGCACAAGCUGUUGCAGAAGCAGAAGCAGCCAUAGAAGAAGCUGAGGAGGCUGCUAGAGUGGCUGAGGCUGCUGAGGCUGAAGCCGAAGCUGCACAAGCCUUUGCAAAAGCUGCAAUGAAAACACUACAAGGGAGAAGCUUUCGAAGGAUGAUGAUACGUGCUUGAUGGAUCUUCCAGAGCUGAGGUUCGAUAUGUCACAUAGAGCUUUGCUGGAUUCUCUUCCAGUUUCUUAUUUUUCAUAUCGUAGCCAACUCGCUUGUUGGCUUGUAAAUAUGGUAAAAAUUUGUGGAAAUGUAUAAUCCAGUGUUAGUGAUUGUAAAGCCUUUCGAAAAUGUAGCAUAUUACAUAUUCAUUCCCCCUCUUCACCAGCAGAACAUGGGAACCUUUAGGGAGAUUAGAGAGUUUCAGACUUGUGAAUUGUACUCAGUAGACGGAAACAGGGUUGAAUUCACCUAAUUGUUGUAUUUCUAGUCUUAGGUCCUUCCGCAAGAUCUGAACUGUGAGAAGGCACGGGAGAAAAUAUGAUAUUAAUAUUGUGUGUUCAA